UUCCGCCCUGGUUUUUAAUCCGCCCCUCAAACCUUUACGCCUACGAGAGCAUGGACAUCGAGUUCGAAUGUGCCGUCUCCGGGAAGCCCCUUCCUACGGUGGCGUGGAUCAAGAACGGAGAAGUCGUCAUUCCCAGCGAUUAUUUUCAGAUCGUGGGUGGCAGCAACUUACGGAUUCUGGGCUUGGUAAAGUCAGAUGAAGGUUUUUAUCAGUGCGUAGCCGAAAACGAAGCUGGCAACGCCCAGGCCAGCGCACAGCUAAUCAUCCCGGAGCCCGCUGUCCCAAGUGCCAGUGUCCUCCCCUCUGCCCCCCGAGAUGUGGUCCCUGUCUUGGUCUCCAGCCGAUUUGUCCGGCUCAGCUGGCGCCCGCCCGCGGAAGCCCGAGGCAGCGUCCAGACGUACACGGUCUUCUUCGCCAGGGAUGGAGUCAACAGGGAACGGGCGGUCAACACCUCGCAAUCCGGGACGCUUCAACUCACCGUGGGCAACCUGAAACCGGAGGAGACUUACACCUUCCGCGUGGUGGCUUACAACGAGUGGGGACCGGGAGAGAGCUCGCAGCCCGUCAAGGUGGCCACGCAGCCGGAGCUGCAAGUUCCCGGGCCGGUGGAAAACUUCCGGGCUGUGUCGACCUCGCCUACGUCAAUCCUCGUGUCCUGGGAUCCCCCGGCCUACGCCAACGGCCCCGUUCAGGGCUACAGGCUCUUCUGUACGGAGACGGCGACUGGGAGAGAGCAGAACGUGGAAGUGGAUGGGCUCUCGUACCGCCUGGAGGGCCUCAAAAAAUUCACCGAGUACACCCUGCGCUUCCUCGCCUACAACCGCUACGGCCCCGGCGUCUCCACCGAGGACGUGACGGUCACGACGCUUUCAGACGUGCCCAGCGCGAUGCCUCAGAACGUCUCCUUGGAAGUGGUGAACUCCAGGAGCAUCAAAGUUAGCUGGUUACCCCCGCCGCCAGGUACUCAAAAUGGAUUUAUUACGGGCUAUAAAAUCCGCCACCGAAAGACAACCCGCAGGGGUGAGAUUGAAACGCUGGAGCCCAACAACCUCUGGUACUUGUUCACAGGACUUGAGAAAGGAAGCCAGUACAGUUUCCAGGUGGCUGCCAUGACGGUGAACGGGACGGGACCCCCCUCGGAUUGGUACACGGCGGAAACCCCUGAGAACGAUCUCGAUGAAUCUCAGGUUCCUGACCAGCCGAGCUCGCUUCACGUCAGGCCCUUGACGACGAGCAUCGUCAUGAGCUGGACGCCGCCGCUGAACCCCAACAUCGUCGUCCGCGGGUACAUCAUCGGCUACGGCGUGGGCAGCCCCUACGCCGAGACCGUGCGGGUGGACAGCAAGCAGCGCUAUUAUUCCAUCGAAAGUCUGGAGCCGAGCUCCCACUACGUGAUUUCCCUGAAGGCGUUCAACAACGCGGGCGAGGGGGUGCCCCUGUAUGAGAGCGCGACCACCCGCUCCAUGACAGACCCCAUUGAUCCAUUAGAAGUUGAUUUUUAUCCUUUGCUUGAUGAUUUCCCUACCUCAGUCCCAGAUAUCUCCACCCCCAUGCUCCCACCAGUAGGUGUCCAGGCUGUCGCACUUACGCACGACGCGGUGAGGGUCAUCUGGGCAGACAACUCUGUCCCAAAAAACCAAAAGACUGCGGAGGUUCGCUUCUACACAGUCCGAUGGAGAACGAGCUAUUCGACGAGUGCUAAGUACAAGUCGGCAGAUACGACGGCGCUGAGCCACACGGUGAUGGGGCUGAAGCCAAACACCAUGUACGAGUUCUCCGUCAUGGUGACCAAGGGCCGACGGUCCAGCACGUGGAGCAUGACCGCCCACGCCACCACCUACGAAGCGGCUCCAACUUCUGCUCCCAAGGAUUUGACAGUGAUUACGCGGGAAGGGAAGCCCCGGGCUGUCGUCGUCAGCUGGCAGCCGCCCUUGGAAGCCAAUGGAAAAAUCACUGCUUACAUCCUCUUCUACACUUUGGACAAGAACGCGCCCAUCGACGACUGGAUCAUGGAGUCGAUCAGCGGCGACCGGCUCACCCACCAGAUCGUGGACCUCAACCUCGACACCGUUUAUUACUUCCGAAUCCAAGCUCGCAACGCCAAAGGAGUGGGCCCCCUCUCCGAUCCCAUUUUCUUCCGCACGCUGAAAGUCGAGCACCCCGACAAAAUGGCCAACGACCAAGGUCGCCACGGGGACGGCUCGUACUGGCCGGGGGGCACCCACCACGACAGGAGCAGCCUCAACGAGCCCCCCAUCGGGCAGAUGCACCCUCCCCACGGCAGCGUGACGCCGCAGAAGAACAACAACCUCCUCGUCGUCAUCGUCGUCACCGUCGGCGUCAUCACGGUGGUGGCCGUGGCCGUGGUGGCCGUCGUGUGCACCCGGCGCUCCUCGGCGCAGCAGAGGAAGAAACGCGCGACCCACAGCGCCGGGAAAAGGAAGGGCAGCCAGAAGGACCUGAGACCCCCGGAUCUGUGGAUCCACCACGAGGAGAUGGAAAUGAAGAAUAUUGAGAAGCCGACGGGCUCGGAGGCGGCGGCGGGGAGGGACUCGCCCAUGCAGAGCUGCCAGGACAUCAGCCCCGUGAGCCACAGCCAGUCGGAAACGCAGCUGGGAAGCAAGAGCACCCCGCAACCUGGUCCGGAGACGGAAGAAGUUGGAAACAGCAUGUCCACGCUGGAACGCUCGCUGGCCGCCCGCCGAGCCACCCGGGCCAAGCUCAUGAUCCCCAUGGAUUCGCAACCCAACAACCCGCCUGUGGUCAGCGCCAUUCCGGUGCCGACGCUCGAAAGCGCCCAGUACCCCGGGAUCCUGCCGUCCCCGACCUGCGGGUACCCCCACCCGCAGUUCACCCUCCGGCCCGUGCCCUUCCCGACGCUCUCCGUGGACAGGACCUUUGGAGCUGCGAGAACUGUCCCCGAAGGCCCGGCCCCGCAGCAGCCGCCCUUG